UAGCAGCAGGCUAGCUCAGCCGUGUAAAUGCAGCCGGGGCUGAACAGCCACACAUCAACGGCUUUUACUAACAAAGAUGCUCCGUUUUUUAACUUUUUAACCACUUCCCCCUGCACCCACAGCGCUUUCCAAGCCUGUGGACACUGGUAUGGUUUCGGAGAAUGGAAACGGACGACGUGUCGGUUAGAGAGCAACUUUUCCACAACCGUGUCCGGGAGACCAUCAUCUGUGUACUCCUGUUUACAUGCCUCUACAUAGUGUCCUACCUCAUACUUACCCAUUUCAAGAAGACUGCCGAGUUUGUUACAGAGGAUAUUGAAGAUGCCACCGUCAACAAAAUUGCGCUGUGGCUGUGUACGUUCACCCUGUCCGUUGCAGUGUGUGCCGUGCUCCUCCUGCCCAUCUCCAUUCUGUCCAACGAGGUGCUGCUCACCUUCCCACACAGCUACUACAUGCAGUGGCUCAAUGGCUCUCUUAUCCACGGACUGUGGAACCUAGUUUUCCUUUUCUCCAAUUUGUCCCUGGUCUUUCUCAUGCCUUUUGCCUACUUCUUCACCGAGUCGGAGGGAUUUGCAGGAUCUAGAAAGGGGGUUAUGGCACGAGUGUAUGAAGCAGUUGUGCUGCUGUUGCUGCUGGCUCUGCUCGUGCUGGGCAUCGUGUGGGUGGCAUCAGCCCUCCUCCAUGACAACAUCGCCAGGAAGAGCCUCUACGACCUGUGGGAGUAUUACCUUCCCUAUUUGUACUCGGGCAUCUCUCUGUUUGGAGUGUUGCUGCUUUUGUUGUGCACUCCCUUUGGGUUGUCUCGAAUGUUCAGUGUCACAGGCAGCCUACUGGUCAAACCGCGGCUGUUGGAAGAUGUAGACGAUACUUUGAGCUGCACCACGUUUGAGGAAGACUCGCUCUCCAGGAAACUGAACUGUGGCAGUCCAACGUCGUGCUGGGUCAAGCUGAACAUGGAGGCGAUGAAAAAAGAUUACCAAACAGUGCAGAGCAAGCGCAUUGCCCUGGAAAUGCGUCAGAAAGCGUCCCCAUGGCAGAGAAACUUGGGCUACCCACUGGCCAUGCUUGGGCUCCUCGCACUGACGGUGAUGUGUGUACUGAUGGUCUGUUUCAAUGUCCUUGAGUUGCUCCUGGAUGAGACGGCGAUGCCCAGAGGAAUGGAGGACCCUCAUCUGGGGAUGGCCUCCUUCUCCAUGUUCGGCUUAUUGGGCGCUGCAGUUCAAGUAGUCCUUAUUCUCUAUCUGAUGGUGUCCUCAGUGGUGGGCUUCUACAGUUCUCCACUCUUCACUGGCCUCCUGCCUCGUGCACAGGACACCAACCUCACACAGAUGAUUGCAAACUGUGUUUCACUGCUUAUCCUGAGCUCGGCACUGCCGGUGUUUUCACGCACACUUGGGAUCACCCGCUUCGAUCUACUGGGAGACUUUGGUCGCUUUAACUGGCUUGGGAACUUCUACAUCGUCUUCAUGUACAACAUGAUGUUUGCUGGUUUAACCUCUGCCUCCCUGAUCAAGACCGUCACCUGGGCGGUACAGAGAGAGCUCAUCCGUGCCUUUGGUCUCCACAGACUGCCUUUAACCGUGUCACGCUCCACCGUCCCCUUCAGACUCCUCCUGGCCAGUGGACUGUCUAAAAUCCAGUGACUUUGCCUCCUUGACACUACCUUUCUGAACCUUUAGAAACUGAGCCACUUCAAAAGUGCACCUAUUGGAUUAAAGGCAUUUGCAAAUCAGGCCCUUUGCCAGUUGGUACAAUGGUCAGGUCGCCCCGUGUGAAGACAUCAGAGAGUCUGUUCCUGUGUGUAAUGACCAAUAUAUCAGGGUCCAGUUUGUGCAUUUAUUUUGCUGCAAGGACAAGUGCUGGCACAAGCGAUAAGCUGAGUCACGGUUACGACUGGAACAAGAGGAAAAGGGAUAUAAGUGGACAAUAAGAGAGCAAUCCACCCACUGACGCCUCAUGAAAAGAGGAUCCAGUAGAUGGCCGUUGUUCUGUCGACACAUGUGAAAGUCAGCAGAGCUAUUUUGAAAUAUUACAUUGUAACUGUGAUGUAAUUUCCUCUUCCUGCUCCAGGUCGACUGAGUGCUCUCUCUUUCUCUGUGGCUUCCCCACGCUUUCCCUUCUUUGGUUGUACCACUAUUUUAAGAUUGGGAAUCUUACUUCCACGUGUUUGGAGGUCCAGUCUGCAUCAGUGUUAUGUUAGUUAACGAGAGGAAGCAAACAGGACACAGAGUACCUUGUCUGUCUAUCUUUGGAUGUGCAGGUUACACAGGGAAUAUGUGAGUUUCAGUGUUUUACAAACCCAGUUUACUAUUAGAAUUAAGAGCGUUAUUUGUGGUGAUUUUAUCAUAAAAAGCAGGGUUUUACUUUUGUAGGUGACAGUAAGCUUACUGAGUCUGAGGAUUACUCAUUCUUUUACAAAAGUACACUAAAUAUAAAGCUUUACACUUUGUCUUAUGCAAGACCUUUUUAUACCAUGUGAUACUCAUUAGGAGGAACUUCUGCCUUUUGACCAAUCAAACUGUGAAUUGCUAAGAAUUUAUGUGGGGAAGUGCAAUAUUUUAUAACUAAAGGCACACUUUUUAACUUUACCAAAAGUAAUUUCUAAAUCUAAAUGUUUUCUUUUUAAUAUUCUGUGAACUGUUUUUUUUUUUCAUCUUAUUCCUCUUUGUUAGAAUAGUUUGGGAAUUUGUUCAAAAAGCGAAUGUGACCAUCAAUUCAUGCAAUCUUUUCUGGUGUCAGUUUUUAUAUUGUGAUAAUCUAAAUUCUAUAAUGUGUAUCAGCUAUAUCUCAUCAUCUUCAAUGUGUUGGUGACUCUGUCACAGUUUGCCUUUGCUGCUGUAUCAGCAGGUUUAUUAGCUGUUAGUCUGACCAGCAGGGGACAGUGUCUCUUAAACCCAACGCCAGCAUCUGUGUUGUGUUGUGUUGUGGGAGUCUCUCUCUGGUUAGUUUGAUAUGUAUUAUAUAUAUAUAUGGAGCACUCUGAGGUUUACUCAUUUCACUUUUCUGGGAAUUUUACUUUUGUAUUUUUGGGAACCCAACAUUUAUAAUGUUCUGUUUUUACCAUUAUUUAUGGGCAUUUUGGGAUCUAUAUGUCACAUGUUGACUCUUUUAACAGGUGUUAAAAAUGUUGAAUGUGUUAAGUUGAGGCAAAAAAUUCUUAAGAGUUGUUCUCAAAGAUGAAAAAAAUUGUGUUUACUUGUGAAAUGCUCUGUUUCAGGUUUUCUGAACAGAAUUUUGUCUUACGAGCAGAAAGCAAUAAAACCGUCUCAUGUUUUUAA